AUGACAAAUACCAAUAAUGACCCGGACCGAGGUUGUUGCCAUGCAGGCAAGGGUAGCAUCGAGGAGUGUCCCCGCAGCAACGCGAAUGUCCCUCUGUUCAUUGAACAUUUAUCAAGCUGUUUAGAGGAUAGGGCACUCGAUCCAGAGGAUAUCACCAUGUAUACCUCCGACGAGCAAGUCGACGAAGUCUACCAGACGCUGCAGGCUACCUUCCGCUCCGGUCGCACGCGCGAGAUCGCCUGGAGGAAAUGGCAGCUCAAGCAGCUCUGGUGGCUGCUGGAGGACAAUGAGGGCCGCAUCAUUCAGGCGCUGCACCAGGACCUGCACCGACACGCCUUUGAAUCGAUUUUUGCCGAAGUACGCGCCAUAAAGACCGAUCUACAGCAGCACCUCCGCAAUAUCGACCAGUGGACAGCCGACCAGGCGCCCUCCGCCGGCUUUGUCGUCAACCAGGUGCUGCGCCCGACCAUCCGCUAUGAGCCUCUCGGCGUCGCUUUGAUCGUUGGGCCCUGGAACUUCCCCGUCUCUCUGCUGAUCCAGCCCCUCAUGGCCGCCAUCACCGCCGGAUGUGCCGUGCUGCUGAAACCCUCCGAGGUCACCGUGGCGACCCAGAACCUGCUAGUCGACCUGAUCCCCCAGUACCUGGAUCCUACGGCCAUCCGCGUGGUCACUGGAGGCGCUGCUGAGACGACCCGUCUGAUGGCGCGCAAGUUCGACCAUAUCUUCUUCACCGGGUCAGUCGGCGUGGCGCGCCACGUCGCAGCGGCGGCGGCCAAACAUCUGACGCCGACGACGUUGGAGCUGGGAGGCCAAUGUCCGGCCAUCGUCACGGCGACGGCCGACAUCGAGGCGGCGGCGCGCGAGAUUGCCUGGAUCAAGUUCUUGAAUUCCGGCCAGAUCUGUCUGUCCGUAAACCAUGUGUUUGCUCAUCCCGCAGUGGAGGAGCAGCUGAUCCGGCGCAUGACCUUCCACUUCAAUCAAUUCUUCCGCGAGGGGGCAGAUGGCAUGACGAGGAUCGUGAACCAGAAGAACUUUGAUCGUCUGCAGGGUCUCCUGGAGAAGAGUGGCGGUCGCGUCGAGACGGACGCGCCAGUGCAAGGAGGCUCUCCGCGCCAGUUGCCUCUCUCCGUGGUGUCCAACGUGGACAUGGCUGAUCCUCUGCUGUCUGAGGAGUUGUUCGGUUCCAUUUGUCCCGUCGUGCGUGCAUCCACCCAGGAGGCCAUCGAUUCUAUCAAUAAUCUACCUCGGCCUCUGGCCUUGUACAUUUACAGUCAGGAUGACCAGGAAGUCGAACACGUCAUUUCUUCCACUCUAUCCGGCGGCGUCACCGUCAACGGCGUCCUGGUGCACGUCGCCAUCCCGGAGGCUCCAUUCGGGGGCGUGGGAGAUUCUGGCCAUGGCUACUACCACGGAGAAUGGGGAUUCAAGACGUUCUCGCACAUGCGCACCAUCGCUCGACCACGACCGCUAUUCCGCAAGGUUUCCUCGCUCGUCAUGCCGCCGUACUCUACGGAGGGGUUGAAGUGGCUGCGCGUGCGGGAUGGGAUGGGACUGAAGCGAGAAUGGAGUUUGGAGGACGAGAGGAAACUCCAGCGUCGGAGUGCGCUCUCUAGGUUGGCAUCGCGGUUCGGCACAAUUGCCGUGUUGUUUGUCAGUCUGGCACUGGCGGAUUUUAAGACAGGACUCUCUCACGAAACUCCUUUCGUCCUCGUGCCGUACGUUCGGUCGCUCCCAUUCCCCAGCCCAUUCUAUAGCAAAGAGUUGAUCAACACCAGUGUGACAAUUGCCGAAUACGAAAGUGAAGACAAAUUUGAUGCCAUCCAGGAGCAGCUGGCUGCGAUCCAGCAAUCUCUCAGGCAGGUCAAUCAGUCACCAUCACAUGCAGCAGUGCCUCGUCCUGUGUCCUCAACUCAGGGCGUGCCACCAUUUGAAGGGCAGUCCUCAUUUCACCAUGAGUCAAUUCUAGCCAAAGACGCUGCUUUUUCCGCGGUCGCUGGGUCGCAAGGGCGACCACUUGAUGACCAUGUAUCUGCUGCUCUUUCGACCUUGACCCACAGUCUUAAUCGAAAUCCUACCACAUCUGAGGAUCAACCAACAACGGCAGACAAAGUCGCUGCAUUCUCUGCAUCGAAGGAGCAUCUACUGCCAGUCGACCUUGCGGUUUCUGUAGUGAAGACCGUCAAAGCCCAACCCCCAUUCUUCCUGGUUAGCCACUCGUGUAGGGACUUGCUGCAGAUCGAGUCUCUCUGCCAAUCGCUUUACUUUCCACUCCAAUCAGUUCCAGCCGGCUCGCUUACGCUCUUGCACGGUCUUUUCUACUACAUUAUACGGGAUUAUCUAUACCAAGGACAUCCAGACCUUGCGCGGUUCGACCUUGCUUCGAGUAUGGAAUUUUGCGAGCGUCAUUUCUCUUUAGGCCUGAACAGUUACGAUAUGGUGACUACACCAACCUUGGAAAAGGUUCAGGCUUUGUGGCUUGGAGUAAUCAAAGCUCAAGAAGAGUUCGACAUUCACCGUUGCUGGACGUAUCUAUCACUAGCGUUUAACAUGUGCCAAACAAUGGGAUUUCAUCGCAGUUCCACGCUGAAGGGUGACAUGUCGUCUGCAGCCGAGGCAAAGCGCCAUGUUUUUUGGGCACUCUACACGAUCGACAAGAAUGUUUCAUUAAAUUUGGGAUUCCCCUCGCACUUCCAGGAUCAUGAUAUUGACGCCGAUCUGAUCAAACCUUCCAGUAACCCUAGUCAACGUCCAUGGGAUCUCAUGGCCCUCGUUACCAUUGAAUUCGCGACAAUUCAAGGGCGCAUCUUCGAUCAACUGUAUUCCAUCUCCGCCAGCACAGGGACCGAUGAGAAAAGAAGCCGAGCGGUACAGCAGUUGUCGCUCGACCUGAUUGCCGUUCGAGACAAACUCCUUGCAAUUGAUGUCAGCUCAGGGCUGUACGCCGAUUCUCUGCAUGGCAUGGCAGCCUGUGCCGACUUCAUUGCCUACUCCGAAAUGACCGUUAUUUAUCGGGCCCAAUCUCGACCCAACGAUGCCAUGGCAAUAUCGUCCCAAUGUUACGAGACCGCGACAAUGGCGUUGCUAAGCCACCUCAAAUGUUUCGAUUUCUUCCGAGGCCGCCAGACGCAUAAACAAAUGGAAUAUGUGAAUUGGAUUUUACUCUACCCAUCAUUUGCUCCAUUUGUUAUUGUUUUUACACAUGCCGUCGUGACUUCAAGUACCACAGACCUCGCCCUCUUGCAGGAUACAGUCCGAUCUUUGGAUCUCGUCAAAGGUCUUUCUCGAGGCUCAAUGCAUCUCUAUUCUAUCUGCGAAGCGUUCGCGAAGACCGCGCAGGUUCUUGUCGACACGCGCCAGACCGUGACCGGACUAGAGCACCAUCAGGACGGGUCUCUGGUUGUUCCUGUGACGACCGAUGGUCCUGGAAAUAUUGCCUUGCCGGAUGUUCAGUGGCCAGAGAAUACGUUCGAUUCAAUGAACCAGGAAGACAUUUCCAUUUUUCUAAAUGACUUUAUUGGAACAGGACGAUCUGUGAUGGACAUGCUGAACUCGAAUUACUUGAAUGAUAUGUUCCGUUAA